AGCGGAAGCAUAUUCAUAGCUAACAAACUUUUGGAGAGACGGAUGUUUUCCUGCUUUUAAGCAGUAGAAAUGUUUUUGAGACGAGCACAUUGGCUAGUGCGUCGGCGGAGGAAUGCUGUGGUAUGGACCCUGAUGAUGGCAGCCGGAAUAUUUGUGUUUAUUAACCGUCCCAAAAACCCUUUCACUUCAGAGCUCCUCCCCAGGUCAGAAGAAAAGAUGAUAUCUCAAGAGCUCGUACCAACAACUCAUGCAAAGAAAAGCUAUACAAUAAAGGAUACAAAGAAUCUGUCAGCGGAAGAUGGGUUUUCGAGAGCCAAGUUUUUACGCCGCGCAUGUGAGAACAGCAUACAUAGAUCGGGGAAUAAAGGGAUCCGAGUGAGUUUCGACCCGCAUGCUAACGCCGUGUACUGUCCGCUAUGUAAGAUUGCUUCCACCUUCUGGGAAAGGAUUUUCCGUAUGAUGGCGCUUAACAACAAAGGUACACGAAAUAGGACAGUAUUGACCGCUUUUGAUGUGCCUAUCUCAGAUAUAAGUCGUUCCAAUGAUUAUUUGGACCUUAAAAACUGGACUGUUGGUAGUAAAGACGCAACAAAAAGUUUUCGAUUUAUGUUUGUUAGGAACCCGUUUGAUAUGCUGUUUUCCCUUUACGUUGAUAAACUUGUUGGACCUAAUCCGUAUUUCAGUAGGUUUUCACAAGCUAACAAAAAACAAUGUGGAUAUGCGAAUAUUUCGUUCCGACAACUGCUUGAACAUGUGAUUAUCACAGAUAAGAAGGGGAAACCUCUUGACUGUCAUGUUGCGAAGUGGGAUGCUUGUUUACCAUGUGAAGUUAACUACACAUAUAUAGGCAAAAUGGAAACGUUUAAAGAUGACACCUCAGUUAUAUUGUCGGCUCUUGGACAGCUCAAGAGUCUAGAUGCAAUGAAAGCCAAAUUCACUGACCUCCACGCCCAUGACGCUAUUCAAGAUUCGGUAUCUGGACCUUUCGAAUGGCGUAAGGACAUUGUUAAGUGCAUGUCAUGGCCAGAUGCCCUGCGUAGGGUCUGGCGGAAGUUGCAGAUUCGAGGAGUUAUAGGGACUACGGGAUUUUCGCUCUCCGAAUUAGAGGCAGAGUCUAUCAAUAGGACUGAUUACAUAAAAGUUCUUAAGAAAGUAAGGGAGAAAAGUACAGCAAGCGAAAGACGUAUGAUUAAGCAGUUAUCUUUCAUUGAGGCAUACAGGAAUAUUCCUGCGGAAAUAUUAGACAGUAUUAAACAAGUGUAUAGACAUGAAUUUAAUCUAUUCAAUUUUAGCGAUGAUACUGAAAUAUUUCGCCAAUUGGAUCAAUACAAAGCAAUAGGUUUCUUUAAUUACUCCAACAUCGAUAGUAAUAUUAGGUUUUAAACUUUGGAUUAGGUUUGAUUAUUUUCCCAAUGAAAAACAACAAGGAAUAAUAGUAUGGUACUUUGAUUGGCAAUUAUAAAACAGAACAUGGUUUAGAUCUAUCAGAAACAUUCAACAUACUCCGCUUGAUAAGCGCCAAACAGUUCUGCAACACUCUGAGUAAAGUAAGUCUUGCUAGAUGUACCAUGCAUUUAUUAAUGGAUGGAAUAUAAAGAUAAUUGAUAAACUGCAUUUAGACUUUGUAUUACCAUACCGUUUUAUGUAUUUUUAUAUUGAGGACAUUAAAAUGAUAAUUGUUCCAUCCGAAGCACAUGAGGGUACGCAAUUAAUGAACUUAUUUUAUAGAUAACGUCGCAACCAUAUGCUUAUUAUAUAGUGUCAUUAAAUAGUUGUAAUAUGUACAUAUCGAUAUGACAUUUUUUGUGGUCAUUUAUUAUAAUCAUACGCCGCGCAAGUUGUGAAAAUAAUAACUUGUCCUUAUUCCCUAAAAUCAAUUUUGCUCUUAAACCGAUUUUUUUUUGUUCAACACAUUGCAUUUAUAUGUAUAGACCAUAGUGUAGUAAAGGUGCAGUAUGGAAUAAAUGUCAGGUGACAUUAAAUCUAAAAUAUUAAAUAGAUGUUUAUAUUGUCCAGCAAUAUCGGCAUAGAAUCAAGUAGUUCCUAGGCACUUUGGCUGCUCCUUUAGUUUUGUAAUUUUUACACUUCUUGUAUUAGCCAUUAGGGUUUCUGCUAUUUGCAUACUUGGAUAUUUGUUUUGAGAGUAAUCAAUUCUAACAUGGGUAUUUCUGUUUGUGUGUUAAGGUUAUUUAAACAAUAUUUAUUGUCUGAUGUAUUCUGCUUCAAUUAAGGUUUUUUGUUGACACUUUCUGCUAAUGAGCAUGGUC